AUGAAGAAUGGAAAAUCUGGUGGAGACGACGGGAUUAGCGCAGAAAUGCCAAAAUAUCUUCCUCCGUCUGGGAUUCGUGAGAUGACAAAGAUCAUCCGUUCAAUAUGGAUAGACGAAAGGAUACCUGAUUCGUGGAGACACGCUAUCAUAAUUCCCCUCCACAAGAAGUUAUCCGUCACGGACCCCAGAAAUUAUCGAGGAAUCUCUCUGCUGCGUGUUAUGUACAAGGUACUGGAGCGCAUUAUCCUGGACCGACUCAUUAAAAAUCGCGAAGAAACAACUCGCGACGAGCAAGCUGGCUUUCGCCUUGGCCGAUCUACGAUUGACUAG